UGAUCCAAAUAAAUUGUCCAAAUAUCUGAUUAUUAAUGUGUUAAUUACACCUACUUAUAUCACAAUACAGCUUUGCUGCCGUUUCAGCAGUGUAUAAUUUUCUCAUUUUUUCUUGAAUCGACGUCCACAAAUUAAUUUUUUCUAUCAUAAUCCCUUCCUUCCAUCAUCUUAAUUAAUCUUGAUUCCUGGGUUUUUUUUUUUUUUUUCAUCAUCCUCGGUCGCGGAUUAGGCUUUAAUCACCAUGGAGAUUAAAGCUUGUCUGAGAUGUUUCUGGUAAAUAUAUUCCCAGUUCAUCUGUGCACACCCAAUGGGAAGCUGCUGCUCUGUGUGUACCGGAUAUAAUGUUGAUGAGGUUCAUCAAGAGGGUCAUCAUCUUGCCGGUGGAAAUGUGCACCUUAUAAAGACCAUGGACGGUUGGGAGGAAAAGUUAUCAGAAGCAAUCAAGGAUGGAAAGAUUGUUGUUGCAAAUUUCAGUGCAUCUUGGUGUAGGCCUUGUCUUGUAAUUGCACCAGCCUACUGUGAGCUUGCAGAUAAAUAUCCUUCUACCUUAUUUCUAACCGUGGAUGUUGACGUUCUCGCUGAGUUGAGUACUUCAUGGGAUAUAAAGGCCACUCCGACAUUCGUUUUUCUUAAAGAUGGAAGACAAGUGGACAAACUCAUUGGAGGAAACAAGCCGGAGCUCCAGAAGAAGACAGCAGCCGUCGUGGCUCAGUUAGCAACCAAGUCUCCUAGUUGACUCUAUGGUGAUGAAUUUUUUCGUUUUGCUUUUCUUCGGGAUAUUCUCACGAAAAUCAAUCCGGCCUCAAUUUGUAAAAUGAUGUCCUACAAACUCGUUAUCUUGAUUCAUUACAUAGUUAUAUCAUCAUAUCAGAGAAUUUUUAGA